GUUUGUUUUACGUCUCAUCCGAAGGACGGAGCACAAGGAGGUGAAGUGACUUGCUCAGGGUCACACACACACACACACACACAGUGAGAUUUGAACCUGCUGGUAUCAAGACCCUUUCUUUAACCAUCGAACCAUCCUUUAUAUCUUAUGAGGCGCUUGUGUCUGCACAUGCAAGGUCCCACAAGCAAAGCAAAACCCAAAGAGGAUGGACUCGCGUGAGAAGACUUAUUCCCUCCCGCUGCUGAACGACUCUGCCCAGACCUUCCCCGUCCCAGCGGCUACGCCUCUCCCUCCCACGGACCAGGAGGAGGUCCCCUCGUCUCCGAAAACCUCAAACCCCGGCUCUCUGGGCGCCGGGAAUCCCCAGCCGUUUUCCAUCAGGCCUCUGGGAUUUCAGAAAUCUUGCCCCGAAAUCCGGAGGAACAGCCUGCAGCUGCGUCGGGAUUUCUUCGAGUCGCUGGGCGCCGACGGAGAAUCCCGAUCCGGAACGGAAAUAAAGUCCGGCUUCUUCGGAAAGGGACCGGCACCCCCCGUGCCUCGGAAACCGUCUGCUGAGAAAAUCGCCGCUGUAAAGAAGCGGUGUGGACAUCCAGAAGGUCCAAAAGACAGCAUCGCACGUGUAGCUAAGGGCUGGAGCUCUGAGCUUAAUCACAUUAUGGACCUAAGCAGACCACAGCCUAGCGCCUUGACCACUGAAGAAGGUUUACCAAGAAAGACUGGAUCACAGCCUUCUGCACCUGCGACAGCCGGACCUGUCAAACCAACAGCCGAGCAAAGGGUUGGGUUUGGAAUUACUGGUGCAAGCAAGAUCCGACUGGGGGAUGACGAAGCUUCGACUAGAGCAAAUGAAAGGGGCUCUGGAUCUCGUGUCCCAGACCUGGAGGGUCAAAGCCCCGGGCUGGGGGUCGGUGCUAACGGAGGGAACCCGGGUUCGAAUCAGCGGAGCGGCGGAAAGGGUUUGGUCAACACGAGGACGGUCGUUUUUAGGAGCGAUGCUUCGACGACCCUCAGGUUUGGGGGGCGGCCGGGCGGGGCAGUGAAGGAGCGGGACUGGUUUCGGAGCAGCGCGAAAGUGCAACUGAGGAAACCGGAAGUGGCGAGUGCUCUGUGCCGGGCUGAAUCCAGUCCGGGACUCCCCAGAGAGAUCGGGGGCAAGCCCGUGAAAGCCGUCGCGGUCGUCAACCAGAGCCCGAAGCUCAGUUUCUGCCGAGCUGUGGAGCGACACGGGCCGCUGAAGAUGACGUCGGCAAAGCCAGAGCCGGUAGAGAAGACAGCCGGGCAGUCCACGGAGCACUUGAAGCUCCGGAGCUCUGAAACCCCGAGGAGGAGCGAUUCCAGAACCGGGAGGAAUUUGGGCAACAUCCAGGGAGAUCCGGCGUCGAUUCCAGGACCGGAUGAGAGGGAUCACGAGAGGAAAGCGCCUGGAGGAACGGAGAGGAGGAGACGGGAAGGUUCUGGAAGCGAUGACCAGAAGACUGCUGUGAUAGUCAGGAGUUUGUCGGUCAAAAAUCGGAUCAAGUGUUUUGAGAUGCUGGAAAACCGGACUGGAAAAGAAGGACCAGCUCAGCCAGACCAGGGCAAGCCAGGCCCGGCUGGGGUCUCAUCUCUGAAGAAGAGUUUCUCUGACAGGGCGGUCUGGCAUCCGGGGAUGGAGACCCCCAAUACGGAUUUGGGGAAGGGAGGGAGGAAGCCGUGGGAGACGUCGGUGAUCCGGACAGCUUCUCUCGACGGCCAUGUGAAGAGGAAGAUCCCGCCUUUCACCGCCAACGGAGAGUCCCGGAAGGAGAGGAACGCCGGGAAAGGAAAUGACGGAGUCGCCAACCAGGGACGUUCCCAGCCUUCGGAUCCCAGAUCGACAGCGGGGUCCCGGGGAGACGAUCUUCUCGGGGCGCGCUCCGCAAGGGAGGAAGAAGACGACGAAUUCUCGGAUGCGAGCACCGUGGAGCAGGAGGAGAGCAGUUCCGGAUCGGAAUCCGACCGGGAAGUGGUUCUAGAUUCCGCGGAACCCAACAAGAACCGGGACACGCGACGCAAUGCCAACGACAACCCAAGCGUCUCCUCGGAUUCCGGACCAGUCGACAAGGCGGCUUUGAGUCUAGAGUCCUCCUCAGUCCAGCCGGGUCGGGCUGGGGUUACCCCAGGCUCUGUGUUGAGGUCACAGAAGCUGGGUACCCCCUCUUUUCUUCUGACCUCGUCUCCGGUGGUGCUUGAUCCCGCUGGCUUGGGAAGCUGGCCCGGUUCCCUGUCGCAGUGGACCCCGGACCAGUCCGAUGGUUCUGGUUCUGACUCGGAGGACUCUGUGUUGACCCCCCCCAGCGAGCUGAGCCAGGCCAGGAGCUUCUCUGUCAGCCUGGCUGAGUUGCGUGAAUUUGGGUUGGACAGUCCCAGAGACCGCACUGCGUCCCUCAGCUCCAACAUGUCCGUCCUGUCCGUCGUAUCCCUCAUCCCCGGGGAGGAGCUGGACAGACUGCUGGAGGACGUCAGGGAGCUGGGGGACGAGAGCCUGCAGCGCGAGACAGAUGUCCAGGUGGUGGUCCUUCACAAGGAGGAAGGGGCGGGACUCGGGUUCAGCAUCGCCGGGGGCGUCGACCAGAACAAGCCGGUCACGGUCCACAAGGUCUUCCCCCACGGAAUAGCGGCCCAGGAAGGAACGAUCCAGCAAGGAGACACCGUGCUGUCAAUCAACGGCAGCUGCCUGCGGGGCUCCUUCCACUGCGAGGCGCUGCGGAUCCUGCGCAAGGCCCGCCUACCCGCCCAGGCCAUCGUGGUGCUGCAGAAAGGGGGCGCCGGCGAGCACCCGGCACACGGGGGCCCCUCCCCCAGCCUCGCUCUGCCCAGCACCGCUACCGCCAAGCAGGGCCGCGGCACAGCUGAGCUCAACGGGACAGUCACCGUGGAGCUGAACAAGGACUCCUCUGGACUGGGAUUCAGUCUGGAGGGGGGCAAGGGUUCGAGUCAGGGCGACCGGCCAAUCACUGUCAAGAAGGUCUUCUUGGGAGGUCCGGGGGAGGCGGUCCAGCCCGGUGAUGAGAUUCUAGAGGUCCAAGGACGCAGCAUGCUGGGAAUGAUGCGACUGGAGGCCUGGAAGUGGAUCAGAACCCUGCCGGCCGGGCCCGUCACGCUGGUGAUCAGAAAGAAUCCCAGAACCUGAACCGAGCCAGCGCUGGAAACACAAAGAAUAAAUCAGAGACUCCCAGAGCAGCUGGAGAGCCAGUCCAGGAUUUACACACGUUCUGUGAGCUUAUUAUACAUAUUAGCGGGAGCAGUAACUCCCAUUGCAAAGCAGUUUGAACCAGUCCAGGUUUUACAUGCAUUCGUUCUGUCUGAAUAAUAAUAAUAAUAAUAAUAAUAAUAAUAAUAAUAAUAAUAAUAAUAAUAAUGACAGCAGUUUGAGCCAGGCCAGUUUUGAUAUUCAUUUAUUUUAUGAGCUUAAUACUAAUAAUAAGGCUCCCAUUGCAUGAAUGCUAAAACCUGGACUGUCUCAAAAUGCUCUUCAACGGGAGUCUCAUUAUUAUGACGCUCAGAGAAUGAAAACGCACUGACUCAGUUCCACCCCUACAGUCUGAAUAAUACAGAUCGCGCUAAGUCUCUUUGGGAGUUGUUAAUCUUGUCAAAGCUGCCUUAAAAAUGUGAAAUAAAUAAAUAAAUAAAUAAAUGAAAAUUAAAAAAAAAAAAAAAAAAAAAAAAAAAAAAGAACUGUUUUCGCAUUUUAUUCCAUUAGUUUGAGACUGGGCAUCCCUGUCUGUCACACACCACAGUCCCAACGCUGCAGACU